UCUCUUCCACUACUAGCAGGUCGACUGUAGAACGACCGGUGCCGAUGUGAUCACAGCAACGGGCACUCCCGUCAGAGUGCACUGCCCAGCCCGUCACUGCCGAGACUCGAUCAACGACAGCUACGUAUGUGGAACGGGAAUCUAUGCCGCAGACUCGCAGGUGUGCGCCGCUGCCAUUCACGCUCGCAAGACCCACAAGGGGGCGCUGCUCAUCGUCGGCAACGGAGAGUACAGCGGCUUCCAGCCGAGUACCAACAACGGUAUCUCCUCCGUUGGCGGCUUACACACCACAGACAGUUUCCGGUUCCUCGACGAUGCCGAAGCAGAUUCGUCGGAGCCGGCAGCGGCCGCGGGGGCGCCACCGUGCGUGGACCCCGGCGUGCCGCCUGGCGCCCAGAGGCUGAUGCGUGGCAACCACACGCUGAGAUUUGCUCGAGGUGCCACGCUACACUACUGGUGUCACUACCGUGAAUCGCUGACGGGGUCGAAUCAGCGCACGUGUUUGGACGACGGCACGUGGAGUGGCUACGAGCCAGCGUGCGAGCAGCGGUCAGAGCUGCAGACGGAGUGCACAACGACAGCAGCAGAGGUCGUUGGCCCGGCCGGCGUGCCGGUCCGCGUACAGUGCCCACCAGGGUGCGCCGCCGCUGACGACGGUGUCGUCUACGGGACGGGCAUCUACCGCAGCGACUCACACAUGUGCGCCGCCGCCGUGCAUGCUGGGAAGCUGAGCAUGGCCGGCGGCUCCGUGCUCGUUAUCAACAACGGUCGCUAUAGCAACUUCCUGCGCAGCAAGGCGCACGGCAUGCACUCGCUCGCCGCCGUUGCCGCCGGCGACAGCUUCCGCUUCGAGGGACGCGUCGUCCCCGACAGCCUGACGCUGCAGUCGGCGUCGUACGGUGGCGCCGCCCUGGGGUUUGCGCCGUCGCGCGCUGGGGUGGUGGCGUGCGCGGCGAUGGCAUGGUUCACAACAGCAGCAAGACUAGCAGCUGUACAGUAACCAUAGUCAACAGCUCAUCUACACUAUAGUCUAUACAAUCAGGCGUGAAUAAUAGAGAUCUCUAUUAUUCGCUCCUGAUAGUAUAGUGUCAGGAGUCAAUAGAAGCUGCUUUCUCGUUUUUAUUCAUCCCUGAUAGUAUUGGUAUGUUCCUUCUAUUGCCUAUUACCUACGAUUAAUAUUCAACCGUGGAGGGAACUAUUAUAAUUAACAUUCAUUCAUCUCUUACCAUACUCAUUUACUGUACUCUCAUACUCUAUUCACUAUUACUAUUCUCUGCUAUUACUGUUUAGUUCUUUGAUGGCACCAUGGGAAUAGGUUGUAUUAAAUGGCCGCUGCAAGCUGCCACGUUAGGCUGAAGAGUUGAUAUUAGACCAGUAUCACUGGGUCCGAUUACAGUGAACUUGUGUACAGAAACUCGUGUUUCAUAUUAUUACCAUGAUCUUGUGUUUUAUACAUGAACUGAUGCAAUUACUACAGCAGUGCACACAUCUAUAUUAGCAUAGAUACAUUCACGCUAUAUCAUGUUGAUUUGUUAGAUUCACACAAGGUGUAUUAAACAGCAGGCCGAACUUUUAAACCAGUUAACCCUAAUGUAAGAUGGUUGGUUAGAUUAUUAUUGUAAGUUUAUGACAAACUGCCAGCAAGAGCGUACAGUGUAACAAGGUAUCAUGCAUUCUAAUACAUUGACUACCUGCCUUUAGUUGGCAUGUGUGACAAUUGAUGAUCUGAAUUGUGAAGAAGGUGGUCAUUAAGCACUAGACAUAACCUGUUAAUCUGUCAUUAGCUCCUAAUGCUGCAUAGUCUAGCAUUAGCUGCCAAUACUUACUUUGAUUUUAACUGCUAACGCACACCCGCACGCUUAGUUUACCGUUACCUGCCAACGCGUAGUCUAUUGUUAGCUGCCAAUACAUAGUAGUUAGCUAGCUAGUAUCUUACCUGAUAAUUCCUACCAAUGCCCAUUCCACAUACCUAUACAUGUGACUAUUUACUGUUCAUAAGUCCACAUUAUGUGCAUUGCUGUUUUAGGUGCUUAGCACUGUUUAAUAAUUCAAUUUGUAUGUGUAACUAAGGUUAGAUUGAUUUUUAUGUAAAUAUAUGUGCCCCUGGCUGACUUUGUUCCCCAUUGCAUUCUUGUACAGCUAGAAAAUGAGAGUAAUAAAGACAAAUUUACUCUAGAUUUAA